UGCUAUCUGAUAAGCCGUUCCUCAGAGAAUUAGCUAACUGCUAAUCAGUGACAAUGAAUUUGUUCAUCAUUUAAAAACAACCCAAAUUAGAUGGUUACAGCGUCUUUAAUUUAAUAUAACGUAAAAAAAACGUAUAUUUUAAGGCGAAAUUAGCACCCAGCUAAACCGUUGGUUAACAUGCAUAUACCUGUACCUAUGCUAACUGAUUAGCCGUUCCCCAGAAAAUUAGCUAACUGCUAAUCAGUGACAAUUCAUUUGUUCAUCAAUUAAAAAUAACCCAAAUUAGAUGGUUACAGCUUCUCAAAUUUAAUGUAAUGUUUUCUUGCUUCUCAUUGUUUCAUAUCAAGUUGAAAUCUAUUUUGUUUUUGUCUCUUUGUCAGAAAAAAUGAUAAUAUGAAGACCAAACUCUGGACUCUGGUAACCUUUGAUGUGCAUUUAUUAGCAUAUUUUUAGACAAAUAUUUAAUAGAUUUAUCAACUUUUUAAAAAGCAAUCCACAAUUACUGAUGACUUCCAUAUUUACCUACUGAUACCUGUGUGUUUCAGAGAUUUACUGUAUGGAGUAACUUUGAGUAAUCAAUUAUCACUUUUUAUUGGGUUUUCAUUGGGAGAAACAUUUGAGGGGUAAAAAGACACAAAAAGAUAAAUAACUGACCACCAAAAUGACAAAAACACAAGCAUACAUAAGUUGAAGGAACUGUGUAAGAUUUAGGGUGAAAUAGUGGCAUCUACCGUGAGGAUUUUGGAUGGCAACCAGCUAAAACUUCUCCACAUUAGAGUUACUUCAGUGUUCAUUGUUAAGGAGGUUUUUACCAGGAGCCAAAUUAUCCGCAGAGGUCUCUUUGACUCCAAAACAAGAGGACCAAGUGAUGAAAGAAACAGUAAAAGCACUAAAUAAAGCAGUUUAAUGUUAAAAGGCAGUGUUUCUCUGACGCUGUUUGGCAUGAUGCACACAGGCUGCUUGCCCAGCAUCUGCUAUGACUGCUGAUUACCUAAUGUGUGCUCAUCUUACCUCUGAACCAGACAUUCAGAAGGUUUUUACCGGGAGCUGUAUUAUCUGCAGAGGCCUCCUCCUCUCCAAAACAAACACAACAGGCGAUUUAAACCAUUAAAAAUGCUGAAUACAUCAGUCAUGUUACAAAUCUGUUUCCCCGACACUAUUUGGGAUGUCAGAGAAGGACUGCCAUCCCAGCACCUUCUAAUCUGUGCUCACCUUUUUUUCUGUGUAAGAUGCAGAUGUUCAGCAGGUUUUUACCAGGAGCCACAUUGUCUUCCUCUCCAAGACAAACAGACACAAUUAUUUAAACUGGUAGAAACACUUAAUAAAGCAUUUUUACAUUCAAAAAAAAAAAAUCACUGUUUUUCCAACAAUGUCAUUGCGGAGGGGCUUCAAACUACAGUGGCCGACGUGAAAACGGCCUAUGUAGAGCCAGUGUUUGCUUUGCCUGUUCUGGGCCACUGUAGAAAGGUGGUGGCUCAACAUGGCAGGCUUCCUAGACAAGGACCCACUUUCUGUGUCAGCAGCUCUUUAUAAGGUAACAAAAACACAACAAUUCUUAUUCUCAGUUGAUUAUGCACUAAAGAAAACGUACUUACUAUUUAAAUUAAAUUUCUGCCAUUAUAUCCCCCUAAAUUCUACACACUGGGCCUUUAAAGUCAUAAAAAUGAUUAUACUAAUGAAAGGUAUGGGGCAGUAUAUCUUGUUUUUGGGGAGGUGUUGUGCUUUUCUUUCAGCCUGCCAUGAACAGACCUGACACUGGACCAUUUCACUGCUGAAAAUGAAACAUGGAGGUUCCCUCAUUUGACUCCUCAUUAGACCAGUCUAGUCGCAUCAAGUCAUUAGCUCAAGUAAUCCACUUGUGGCUUGGUGCCUUGAUUAUGCGAUCACACCGAGAGACUAAACCAGCUUCAGCACAGACUGAGGGAGCGUCACACACGAGGCCUCUGUGAUAUCCUGCAGUUCUUGACCUGAACCUGGUGGACUGGUGGAGGAUGAAACAGAGCAAAUGGCUGUUUAAAUACUCAUCAAAACUGAGAGCCAAACAACUUGGGAGCUGGUGACUGGAUAGAGGAGGUGACCACGAACAGUCAUGGGAUGUGGCGUCACGAAGUCCGACCAUUUCCACAAAACAUCUGGAAAAGCUAUAAAAUCUGCCAUCCUGAUUCAGCGAUGGUACCGUCAGUAUGUCGCCCGCACAGAGAUGAGACGGAGAUACACCUGGCACAUCUUCCAGUCCAUCGAGUACUCCGGCGAACAGGCUCAGAUAAAACUUUACAACUUUCUCGGCUACCUCAUGGACAAUUUCACACCUACAAGCAAUGAACGGAAUUUGAUCUCACACAUCUUCAGAGAGAACGAGAUCUGUCGUGAUGCAGAGUGGGAGAGGUACUUCUGCUACAAGAACAUCGAAGUGCCAGAGAUUUACUCAGGACCUCACCUCACCUUCCCUCUGACGGUGGAGCAGGCGGUUGGGCUGGUGGAGGCCUUCAGGAACAAGAAACAGCUGCAUUCACGUUACGUCCUCCAGUUGCUGCUUGAGACGUGGAAACAGCUCCGGAUGUUGCCAAAUAUCAACCGUGUCUCCACCUGCCGCAGCAAAGAAAUCACUAUUUGUGGUGAUUUGCAUGGACAACUGGAAGACCUGCUGCUGAUUUUCUACAAGAACGGCAUGCCGUCCUUGGAGAAGCCCUACGUGUUUAACGGAGACUUUGUAGACCGAGGCAAAGACUCCAUCGAGAUCCUCAUUAUCCUGUUUUCAUUUCUGCUCGUCUAUCCGAGUGACGUCUACCUCAACAGAGGAAACCACGAAGACCACAUAGUCAACCUGAGGUACGGCUUCACGAAGGAGGUGUUGACGAAAUACAAGAUGCACGGCAAACGUAUCCUGAAGCUGCUGCAGAAGAUUUUCAGCUGGUUGCCGUUAGCGACAGUAAUCGAUCAGAAGGUGCUUGUACUCCACGGAGGGAUUUCAGACAGUACAGACCUCAGCCUCCUCGCCAGAUUGGACAGACACAAUUACGUUUCAGCGCUGAGGCCUCCAAAGAAGAGAUACCACAGCUCAGCGGGGUUGUCCAUCGACUCGGACAUGGACGAGGAGGUCUGGUCCAACCACCGGAUCUUCCAGCGUCGGACUUCCCUCACGUUUCCCAAACCCCUGGGGACCCGCGACAGCUUCCAGAACCGCUCGCUGCAGGACUUCUCUGACCGGAUCAAAGUGAACACGGUGGAUGAGGUGGAGAUCAACAAGAGGAGACAGUCCAUUUUCAACGCAGCGAUCAACAAACCAGAAAAUGAGUUGUCUUCGUCUUUGUCCAAUGAGUCUAUCAACAGUGAUCAUUCCAAAGACGAGUGGAAACAGAUUUUGGACCUGCUGUGGAGCGACCCAAUGAACCAGGACGGCUGCAUGCCCAACGAGGUGCGGGGCGGAGGCUGCUACUGGGGCCCCGACGUCACUGAGGACUUCCUGAACAAACACGGCCUGCAGCUCAUCAUCCGCUCCCACGAGUGUAAACAGGAUGGUUACGAGUUCUGCCACAACCGUAAUGUCCUCACUCUGUUCUCCGCCUCCAAUUACUACGAUGUGGGAAGCAACAGGGGGGCGUAUGUGAAGUUGGGUCCAGACCUUGUGCCUCAUUUACUUCAGUACCAGGCCAGCAGCAUGAUCAGAGAGCUCACCAUAAGACAAAGUGUCGGGCAAACCGAGCGCUCAGCCCUCAGAGUCCUGCGGGAGCAGCUGUUUGCGCACAAAUCUGACCUCAUCUGUGCCUUCAAAAAGUUCGACAGCGAGAACACAGGUCUUGUGUCUCUGAACGACUGGGCCUCUGCAGUGGAGAGCGUGAUGCACCUCAGUCUGCCCUGGAGGAUGCUGCGCUAUCAGCUGUUCACCAGUAAGAGCAGUGAUGGCAUGAUAAAUUACUACGAGUGGUUCAACGAGCUCGCCAUCAAAGGACCCAACACGGAUCACAUUGACCAGAGUCUGCUGGAGACUUUGUAUCGCCAUCGCUCCACCUUGGAGACCAUCUUCAGGAUCGUAGACACAGACAACUCAGGCUUCAUCACCAUCGAGGACUUCCGGCAGACCUGGAAGCUGCUGAGCGUCUACCUAAAGAUGGAGAUCACGGACGACGCCAUCUCCGACCUGGCCGUCACUAUUGACCGCAACAAUGACGGCAGCAUUGACAUCGAAGAGUUCAUGGAGGCCUUCCGCCUCACAGACAAGAAGAGCCGGCUGGAGCGAGGGCGCAGCAUGUUCAUGGGGACGGGCACUGACCUCACCAAGCUGGAGGGAGAUCCCAACAUUUGAGCAGAGAGACUGGGAACAGAGAGCGACCUCAGCUCAGACUCAGAGGGUAGGGGGAGGGAGGAAGGUGAGAUGAAGCCAACGCAAGCUGCUUUAAUGACGCACAUUGAGACGUAGGAUGCUGCCGAGCAACAGUAGAUCACAUGGGAUUAGAGGGAGGAUAGAGUUCAGGGUAUUUGACAGCGAAUGUUCAUUUCGCAUUUUGAUGCAGUUUUAUCUACUGAGGAAGAGACUGAAACACGACUGCAUCACGUCUCAUUUGUUAAGUGGGAAGCAUAUAAAACUGUUGCAAAGCAAAAUCCACAAACAUAGAAACAAAAAGGCGUCAUAUUUACACUGCACGAUUAUUACAAGAAUAAUAAUAAUAAUAAUAGAUGUUGCAUUAAAAUCCAUUUCUUUCAUUGUUUUCAACAUGUUUUGACUCGUGAAAGGUAAAAGAUAAAAAGAGUAACACCUGCACACUGACACAGAUGUUUUUAAAUGGACGGCAUUAAUCGAUUUUCAUUACCGCAGAACCUUCCUAUAUAUACAAAUAGGCUCAGCACAGAGACAAUUAUACAUAACAUUAAUCAAGUAAUAUCUAAAAAAACAUCGAAUGCAGUUGUAAAUUACACAAAAAUAAACAUGACAAUAUUGCACAUAACAAACAGCAUUUAAAAUGUAUUUAACUAGAAACCCUACAGUCAUAUUAGGGCCGCAACUAAUUAUUUUUAUGAUUGAUUUAUCUGCCAAUUGAUCACUUGUGUUUACUAUUUGGUCCAUAUAACAUCAGAAAAAUGUUUAUUACCAUUUACUUGAUGCAAAGGUGAUGUCACUAAAUGCCUUGUUUUGUCUGACCAGAAAACCAAAACCUUAGUUUAGUUUAUUAUGGUCAUUUUCUAUCUUAUAAAACUCAAAUAUGCACCAUACAGUCUAUGAUAUGCACAAGAAAAUAAAUAAAUAAUUGAAUAAUUAUUUGCAAUGCAGUGACAACUUUUGCUGACUGAAGUAAACUGAAACCUUAGCCUAAACCCUCUUUACAUGUAUUGUUUUGUACCUUUCCGUUUAGAUUGAUACAAUGAAAAUGAAAGAAACAAGCAAAUCAAUAUACCUGUAUAUAUUUUAUAUAUAUAUAUAUAUAUAUAUAUAUAUAUAUAUAUAUAAACGUCCCAAAUAUUACAUUUACUAUGAUGUUUGAACAAGAAAUAAGAGCAAAUGUUCUCAUUUGACAACCAUAAAUCAGGGAAUCUUUGUCUUUCACUUAAAAAAAAUUACUCAAGCAAUUCAUUAUUAAUCAAAAUAGUUGGGCCUUAAUUUUCUUAAUCGAUAAAUUGACUAAUUGUUGCCGCUCUGCUCCAUAAAAUGUGAAAAAAUGCCCAUCACAAUUUCCCAGAUGCCUUCUCAAAUGGCUUGUUUUGUUCAACCAACAGCCCAAAACCAGCAAUAUUCAGUUUACAGUGUUAAAAAAAAUGGAGCACAUCCUCACAUUUUGAUCCCAGUGAACCAUUUUCACUUGAAAAAAAUGACAUCUGAAAAUGAUGAUUAUUUUUCUGUUGACUCCCUAAAAUUAUUCAGUGUGCAGGUGUUAAUCUGUUCAUUUCCAGUAGCCUUGUAUCAACAUGUGAGGUGCGAAUAACUACACGCCUCCUAAAGACUUUAUAGAAACCAGACACUUAUAAAAACAAACCAAAAAACAGUAUGUGAUAAUAAACUUUAUUAUAUAUAUAUAUUAUAAUUGUGCAGCUCUCCAUUAGCUGCACUAAGUAAUUGCAACCAUUAUGUUGCUGGUGCCUUAGCAGUAGAAGCGCUUUUACUUCUAGAGACGCACUGAUGAUGUUUUGUAUCAGUGCCAACCGCCAAUGAUGCACCCGGGUCCCUCCCCGUCUCAGAUGGGAUUGGAACCCUCACCUUGUACAGAACGGAGAACUCGUGUUUUCUUUCAUUUGACUUUUAGGAUGGCUACCUCCAAAGUGUUGCUUUGAAGCCCAGAAGCUGUGUUUUAAAGGGAUAGUUUGAUAUUUUGAGAAGUCAGAUGAGAGGAUUGAUACUACUCUCAUGUCUGUUCAACCUGGUAUCAAUCUUUUUGUCUAACUAUCCUUUAAGAUACAGAGACAACAUGGGGUUUUAGGGUUUUUCUGUUAAAACUUCUCAGUUUCCAUUGUUAGAUAAAGUUCCCACGUUGUUUGAAGUCAUUAUUAUAACUCAACCAAAAAAGAGACGAGGAAACAGUGUGCGUAUGUGUAAAGUUGCUCUGUAUGUAAAAUGUAAAUUUUAAUGUAUGUGUGGGGUUUUUUUCUAGCAUGUUGACCAUGUAAAAC